AUGUGGAAACAAAGAGAGCAACUUCAUUCCACAAUUGAUUUAGAAUUCAUAAAGGCUCAGUUUUAUAUGUCAAGGGAAAUACCUGAUAAGACAGAAAUUUUAGAAUCCCUACUUCUAUCGUUAAUUGAAUCAAUUAUCUUUUAUAAUCCCUCUGACCUCAAAUGUCUUAGCAAACUCCGAGAGGUGUUCGAGUUUACAGGAGAACCCCAAAAUAUUGAAAGCAUCAUUGCCGAUCGGGAUUGCAAUAAGCUUGAUGGCUUAACUGAUAAUUAUUAUUUUUCAAGUACAGCUGCUAAAAUUAUUAGCCAGAAGUUCAACAAAAGACAAAUUCAAGCCAAACUCUUACUUAGCUUUGCCAAUUUUUUCAAUGUAAGUAUAAUAAAAAUCGCUUUUCAAGAUCAAAUAGGCUGGAAGAUUUCCUCAUAUGGUAAUUCUAAAUUAUCACUGUAUUUAUAUUGCAAAAAUAGUAAAUAUUUCAUUUUGUAUCCAUAUUACUAUACAAAUGAUGGAUUAAAGGAAAAAACUUUUGAUGAAUUUUAUUUGCCCUCAUAUAAAAUUCCAUAUGAAUGUAUAUGCAAUCAAAAUAAAAAAUUGUAUUCAGAGUGCAAAUGCUCUAAAAUUAUGACAACAUUAUAUAAAAACGAUAAUGAAAACUUAUAUGGAAACUCUUUACCAGUUCGUAUAGCAUGGGCACGCUAAAGGAGUGUUCUUAUGCUUGCAGCUAUGUGGGACUCAUCUCCUUCAAUUUGACAAACCAGAUCUUUAUGUCUGGAUUAGCCAUCUUGUUGUUGGCUCUCCACUUGAAGAUGACGAGUCAAAACACCAAGCUCCUGAGGAGGCAAAAGGAUAAGGGCACGCUAAAUAUGCACCACAAUAUAAUUAUGAUCGUGAGAUCACUAGUUAUGGCUUUCAAAACAUAGAUCAAUAUCCUCAGCCCGAGCAGGAAAGUGGUUGAAUGAUUAGAAUUAUUGAUAGACUGCCAAGUGCUUGAAAAACAGCUGGGAAAGAAGGAGUAGAAGUAUUAAAAGGUACAAUUUCACUUUUAUCAUGUAUGCCCAACUUUUACUAA